AUGGAUAGACCUACCGGGAGAUCGAAGGGUUUUGCUUUCGUGACAUAUGAGACGAUAGAGGAGGCCGAGAAAGCUAAAGAAGAAAUGAAUGCCAAGUUUUUAGACGGAUGGGUUAUAUUUGUGGACCCAGCAAAGCCGAGGGAGUCUAGACCACCACCACCUCCUCAGUCCCCUGCUGAUCCUUCUUCUGUGCUUGGUUUCACAACUAAUAAGACUGUCGGUUGGUCUGGUUGA